GGCGACGUACGUACGUGCCGGCACACACACGUUAGCUGCCAUGGAUCGAACGGCAUAAAUCCCAACCACUCACUCGUAACCAGUAGAUGCACACAGCGAGUACCCUCAUGCACGAAAUAUCUUCUUAAGUGCACCAUCGCAUGUACCGUUCGUAGCACAAACUAAUAAUAUACUGAACCCAGUCUUUGUAACAUCUCACCGCCAUCUGUCAUCGCUAGCACACCACCACCAUGGAUGGCUGGCCUGCCGCCAAGUCCGUCUUGCUCCUCAUGGCAGCAGCGGCAACCUGGAUCAGCUUCUUCCUUGUCACCGACGCGUCCGCCGGCGCCGUGACCUGCAUACGGCGCGAGCGGGACGCGCUGCUGGCCUUCAAGCAAGGCAUCAACGACACCGGCGAUGAACUCGGGUCGUGGCAGCCAGGGCGCCAAGAUUGCUGCCGAUGGGCAGGCAUCACCUGCAGCAACGUGACCGGCCGUGUCAUCGGGCUUGACCUUAGCCGGAGGUUUUCUUUGGUCGGCCAGAUAAGUCCUUCCUUGCUUUCUCUAGAGCAUCUCCAGUACCUCAAUCUCCAGUCUACAUCCCUGUGUGGGCAUGAUGGCCGUAUUCCAGAGUUCUUGGGUUCUUUAAAGAACUUGAGACAUCUCGAUCUCUCCUACAUAUAUUGCUCCGAUACAGUGCCCCCUCAGCUUGGCAACCUUUCAAAGCUGGAAUAUCUCGACCUCUCCAACAUGGAGAUGGACUUGAUAGACAUCUCAUGGUUAGCCCAUUUACCUAGGUUGAUGUAUCUUGACAUUAGUUAUAUGAAUCUCAGCUCAAUAGCUGAUUGGCCUCUUGUGGUGAACAUGAUUCCUUCUUUGAAGGACCUCCGCCUUUCUUACUGCUCACUUUCCAGUACAAACCAAUCCCUCACACACCUAAACCUCACAAAUCUUCAGCACCUUGAUCUCUCGCUUAACUACUUUGGUCAUCCAAUUGCGUCCAGUUGGUUUUGGAACGUAACAAGCAUCGAGUACCUCGACCUUUCUGAUACCUCCCUGCAUGGUCCAUUUCCUAAUGCGCUAGGAAACAUGACGUUUCUCCGCCAGCUAAACUUUUAUCACCAAUCUUUUGGAACUGGUAACACAGCCACAAUGACAGUAGAUUUGAAAAAUCUAUGUGAUUUGGAAAUGAUAUGGCUUGAUGGGAGUCUCUCCUCUGGAAAUAUAACGGAGUUUCUGGAGAAAUUGCCACGCUGCCCGUCAAACAGAUUGCAAGAAUUGAAGCUGAGCAGCAACAAUAUGGUUGGAAUGCUGCCAAACAGAAUGGCCCACUUAACAAACUUAUCUAGUCUCGACCUGUCCUACAAUAACAUUACUGGAGCUAUACCGCCAUGGUUGGAAAAUUGCACUAGUUUGUCGUAUCUUUCUCUUUCCAGCAAUAGUCUUACUGGACCUAUACCAGUAGGGAUAGGGAGUUGCACUAUAUUAGACAUCCUCGACCUUUCUUACAAUGAUAUUACUGGAGCUAUACCGCUAGGCAUAGGGAAUUUCACUACAUUGAGGUACCUUGUUCUUUCUCACAACCUUUUGAGUGGACAUGUGCCUUCUAAGAUUGGUAUGCUUGGUGAUUUGAUUGACCUUGACCUUAGCAACAAUAACCUGGAUGGCCUGAUCACGAGGGAACACAUGGUUUCUCUGAAGAACUUAAGGCACAUGGAUUUAUCACAUAAUUCUUUCUCAGGACCUCUCCGGAUAGAAACUGGAGCCCAAUUUUUACUAGAAUUGUCUUUGUCCUCCAAUUACUUCAGUGGUCAUAUUCCUGGAUCUAUAUGUCAGUUGCGGAACCUACUUGUCUUGGAUCUAUCAGACAACUUUUUAGAGGGAGAACUUCCUCAGUGUUCUCACGAGCUUAACUUGGUUUUCCUCCUCUUAAGUAACAACGGCUUUUCUGGCAAGUUCCCAUCAUCACUUCGAAACUACUCGAGUUUGGCUUUCAUGGAUCUUUCAAGGAACAAUUUGUAUGGGACAUUGCCGUUGUGGAUUGAAGAAUUGGUACAGUUGCGCUUUUUGCAACUAAGCCACAACUUGUUGUAUGGAGAUAUUCCGGUGACUAUCAGCAAUCUUCAACAUCUUCAUCAAUUGAGUUUAGCGGGAAAUAAUAUAUCUGGAGUUAUACCUGAGUCUUUGUUAAAUUUAACAUCAAUGGCCCAAAAAGAUCCAGAGAACUCCGAGGACGACAUGUCUGCAUGGUACAACAACAAUGUAGGUAAAUUUAGAGGAGUUUGGCAAGUUGUGAUGAAGCGCCAAGAACUGAAGUAUGGUGCUGGAAUUUUUGAUGUGGUUGGUAUUGACCUAUCACUCAACCACUUAAUUGGAGAGAUUCCAGAAAGGAUAACUUCUCUUGAUGGAUUACUGAAUUUAAACUUAUCAUGGAACCACUUGAGUGGGAAAAUUCCGGCGAAGAUUGGGGCUAUGAAAUCAAUCGAAUCACUCGACCUCUCAAGGAACAACCUUUAUGGUGAAAUCCCGGCAAGCUUGUCUGAAUUGACCUUUUUAAGCUCCUUGGACUUGUCAUAUAACAAUCUUACAGGAAGAAUUCCCCCAGGAAGUCAACUUGACACUAUCUACACUGAGAACCCGUCAAUAUACACUGGUAACAUUGGUUUGUGUGGCCCUCCUCUUGAAAGGAAUUGCUCAGGAAACAACUCACUGGAGCAUGUGAAUCAACCGAGAAGGGACAGUGUUUAUGAGGCAAAGAUGUUCUUUUACUUUGGACUUGGAUCUGGGUAUGUGGCUGGCCUUUGGGUUGUGUUUUGUGCCAUGUUAUUCAAGAAAGCAUGGAGAGUUGCCUAUUUCCGCCUCUUUGACAAGCUGUAUGACAAGGCAUAUGUGUUUGUGGUUCUUACUUGGGGCAGGAUAAAUGGCAAGGCAAGUACAAGUUGAGCGAUACAGAUGACAAUUAGAUGGUGCUGUCACCCUAUUGUACAUACUGGGCCCUAGGAAUAAAUGAAUGUAAAGAAGUAUUUAAUUAGAAUCUUGUACUAGUAAGUGUAUUUUGUUCCCGGUGAACUUUUG